ACAAGUGACAAUAAUCCACCAACUCGUUUCUCCUGACACAAAAAUAUCUCUCACCAUGUCUUCUUCUUCGUUUUCGUUUCUCUGAUUUCCUUUUUUGACUCUUCUUUCCAAAAUGGAUUAGAUCUGACUCAUGAUCACGUGUCACGACAGUUCAUUAGGAAUAAGCAAGAAGUUUUAUGAAGAAAGAUGGUUGCGGCGAAAGAGAACAAGUUUCUGACGGUGGCACCUUUCGAGUGUGCGUGGAGUGAUGAUCUGAAGUUCCGGGAGGCGGGAAGAGGUUGUGUUGCGUUUGAUGCGUUUGCUCACAAUGAUGUCACGGUGGUGUUCAGAGAGAAUGUGGGGACUCAACAUUACCAUUAUAAGAAAGAUAAUAGUCCUCAUUACAUUGUUAUCAUUGGUAGCAAUAGGAAUCGUAGGUUGAAGAUUCAGGUAGAUGGGAAAUCUGUGGUCGAUGAGGAAGCUUCUGAUCUUUGUCGUUGUUCUUUGGAGUUUGAGAGUUACUGGAUUAGUAUCUAUGAUGGGUUGAUUAGCAUUGGUAAAGGUCGGUAUCCGUUUCAGAACCUGGUGUUUAAGUGGCAAGACCCCAAGCCCAAUUGUAAUGUCCAGUAUGUUGGUCUGAGCAGCUGGGAUAAACAUGUUGGAUAUAGAAACGUGAGUGUCUUUCCUGUGACACACAAUCAUAUCUUGCUUUGGAAGCAAGUGGAUUGCCGUGAAGUUAAAGGAGAUGAGUCUGGUGACGAGAAGUUUGUGGAGGAAGGGACUGGUUAUGAUUAUGAACAAUGGGGACUUGGGAAUUUUUUGGAGAGUUGGCAAUUAUCUGACACAAUCUUUCUUGUUGGUGAAGAGGAAAUGGAUAUCCCUGCUCACAAGGUUAUAUUACAAGCAUCGGGUAAUUUUCCUUUGAGAUCAUCAGAUGGGGAUGUCAUUCAACUUCGUGGAGUAUCAUACCCGAUUCUUCAUGCACUUCUUCAAUAUAUCUAUACUGGACGAAGUCAGAUUUUGGAAUCCGAACUUGCUCCAUUGCGGGAUUUAAGUUCUAAGUUUGAAGUGAUGCCAUUGGUGAGACAGUGUGAAGAAAGUAUAGACCAUUUAAAAUUGAGCAAAAAAGCAUUUGACCCCUGCAGAAAAGUCACACUCUCGUGUCCUAUUUCUCACCCGUUAUCUGGUUUUAUGUUCCCAAGUGCUUUCCCUAUUGAUGUGGGGAAGCUGGUAAAGUUGUACUCAACCGGCGAGUAUAGUGACAUAAAAAUCUAUCUCAGUGACCAUAGUCUCACUUUCCAAUCUCACAAAGUCAUUCUAAGUCUUUGGAGUGUCGCAUUUGCCAAGAUGUUUACAAAUGGGAUGAGUGAAAGCCAUUCAUCAACGAUUUACUUAACCGAUGUAUCACCAGAAGCAUUCAAGGCUAUGAUGAAUUUCAUGUAUAGCGGAGAGUUGAACAUGGAAGACACAGUGAAUUUUGGCACCGAGUUGAUCCAUCUUCUCUUUCUAGCUGACCGGUUUGGAGUUGUUCCACUUCAUCAAGAGUGCUGCAAAAUGCUCUUGGAGUGCCUCUCAGAGGAUUCUGUAUGCUCAGUUCUCCAAGUGGUUUCGUCUAUCUCAUCAUGUAAACUCAUCGAGGAGAUGUGCAAGAGGAAGUUCUCCAUGCACUUCGACUAUUGUACCACUGCAAGUCUGAACUUUGUCUUGUUAGAUCAGACCACCUUCAGUGAUAUUCUUGAGUCUGCAGAUCUGACAGUGACAUCUGAGGAAAAGAUUCUUGAUGCUGUUCUCAUGUGGUGCAUGAAAGCUGAGGAGUCACACAGUUGGGAAGUAAUUGAUGAGAUGAUGAACUAUUCUGAUCCAAAAAUUUUGUUCAAAGAAAGGAUUCAGUCACUUGAUGACCUGUUGCCUCAUGUACGCUUCUCUUUGUUGCCAUAUGAAUUGCUUAAAAGGUUAGAAAACAGCAACCUAAGCAAAGAAAUCCCUGUAUUCAAUCGUCUUGUGAAGGAGGCUGCGAGCUUCCUAAUUUCCGGAUUGAUAUGCCCAGGAAAUGAACCGAUGUUCCAACAUCGGAGAUCGAGUUUCAAGGAGCUUCAGUACAUACGUGAUGGGGAUAGCAAUGGGGUACUACACUUUGUGGGUACAUCUUAUGGUAGUCAUCAAUGGGUCAACCCCGUUCUCGCAAAGAAAAUCAUCAUUACAUCGAGCAGCCCCACCUCCAGAUUCACUGAUCCAAAGGCUUUGGCUUCAAAAACCUAUGUGGGUACUUCCUUUGCAGGGCCUAGGAUGGAAGACGGCCAUAUAUCAUCCUGGUGGAUGGUGGACUUAGGCGAAGAUCAUCAGCUUAUGUGCAACUACUACACCUUCAGACAAGACGGAUCAAGAGCAUUCGCAAGAUCCUGGAAGUUUCAGGGAUCGAUGGAUGGGAAAACAUGGACAGACUUGAGAGUCCAUGAGGAUGACCAAACAAUGUGCAAGGCCGGUCAGUUUGCAUCAUGGCCAAUCACAGCAGCAAAUGCGUUACUUCCCUUUAGGUUUUUCAGGCUGGUUCUGACCGGUCCAACCGCAGACACAUCAACUCCUUGGAACUUUUGCAUUUGCUACCUGGAACUCUACGGUUACUACCGUUGAAGCGUCUGCAAUGAAUGACCUUUUGACUGUCUUCUACUACACACGAUUUUCUCUUUUAUCCUGUUUACCUUUUGUUCUUGUUCUUGUUCUACAGUGAUCUUUGAACCUGAAAGUUUUUCUCAACAAAUGUUAAAGUUGAUUCCAGUUAGAUUGUUUUGAUUUUUAUGCAAGAGAUUCCGGCUGUGGCUGUAGCGUAAUGAGUUCUACUUUGUUUGUUAUGACUGGUUUAAGAAUCUCUUGCAUAAAACUGAUGAAACAGA